AUGAGCAACCGCAGCCAGUUUUUUCCCUCUCGACCUCCGUCUGUAGCUGGUAACAGGGACGCGGCGCUAGCUCCGGAUAAAAAACCCAUGCCGCCUCAAAGGCCGGCAAGCGCAGCUCCUACCCGAGGCGCGUCCGCUGACCCUCAAGCCAUGUUACACAAUAUCGCACCUAAACCUUUCAACAUUGCCGGACUCGUGAAGAGGAUGGGCCCGCAGACUCAUCAUAAAGCUCAACAACAAGGCUCUCGCUCUCGCGUCUCUAAUUCUUUUCCGUCGUUGGAGCAGGGCGGCAUGGCUCCCCCACAGAUUCAUUCUCCUCGCGCCUCCUCUGCUCUAGUUUCGAAUGGACUUCUCGGCGGCCUGCUCGAUUCUCCGACGAUGCUACCUUCUCCGCCAUCCCGUCACGAUAUAGCAUCUGGCGCCCCUUCUGACUCUUUUCAGCAAGCUCGUCCAGGACCUAUGCGUCCGCCCUUCUCUGAGAACGAUCUUCAAGUAAACAAGGCGCAUACACCUGGCCAGGAGACGCAUACAUUCGUACAAGCAACGCAUAUAUCCCAUUCGGAACGAUCUCUGGCUCACGCUGGUUUGCACUCGCCUAUUCCUGGUGGUGGGAUGCGCUCGACGCUCGCUCUGCCCUCGACGGACGGAUUAUAUGCCCUUUCCAGCGGCCAGUCAUCUAUCGGACCUGCCGCUCACAGUCAUCGCGGCACACAUCAGGAGGUCAGCUACGCUCGCAAGCGCUCUCACUCUCAGCGCGAGGGUGACGACGACGACGACGAACUGCUUUAUCCGGACGAACCCGAACACCCAGGAAAGCGCUAUCGUCAAGACCUUCCAGACGAACACCGCGACUACUCCAUGGCCCAUGAUGGUGGGGCUGGCGCUCACCAUCAUGGCGCGGUGAUCGAGCCUCCGCCGACGCCUGACAUGUCGGGCUCCGAUCUCGCUCGGAUUCUGAACAUCGAUAUCGAUGUCUACAUCGCGCAGCAUCUCGGCGCCUAUGAAGGCAACAAGCGUCGCUGGGCGGAGGCUUCUCCAGCCGAGUGGGCCGCAGGUGCAGAUGAGCUGAUCUCCGAUUUCUCGAAACUGCUCGAUACGGUGAAAGACCAUAUGAUAUCCAAGGCUCGGCUGUACGCCAAGCUUGACCGGUCGAUCAGCACUCAUAAGGACAAACUCGAGGCACGGAAGAAGCUGCUUGACACGAAGCACGAGGAGCUUGUAAGAUAUGGCGGCGGCCUCAACGGAGUUUGA